UCUUUUUCUAUCUCCUGAGUUACCUGGACGUUUUCUAUUCCUUUCAAGCAAUAAAUAAGGUCGUGACCACCCUAUUCCCUUUGAAUGGAAAGAACCGUUGUUACACUCAAAGAAACCCUACAAUUCCCACCCUCACUACAAAUACUCUCAUCAAGAAAAUUCUUUACAAAGAGUUUUAGCCAGAAGAAAUAGAGCAGCUCUUCUCUGCAAUAUUUCAGAUCAUCGGCGGGGCUUCUUCCAAGAGAAUCUGAUCAUCAGUCUGAGAAUGAGGAACGCUCUUCUUCAAUCGGUGUAUCCACAGCUUUACAGCUUCGGUAACAAUUAUGAAGUCCAGGUACCAAAUUUGGACGUCUCUAUGCAGAUGGAUAGCGAAGUAAAUAUGAAUGACAAUGGGUUUUGUAUGAAGUCCGGAGUAUUCAACAAUGACCACCUCCAGCUGGGAAAUGGAUGCUUUGCGGUUCCUUUUAGGUCCCUGAUUAACUAUACCCAUCAAUCAGCUUAUCAAUCUGGUCCCUCAAGCCGUGCCGACAUUCCGCAGCAGUCGAUGUUUCUCUGCGAUAAAUCUUCAGUUCCACACUAUGAAGCAGUACUAAAUAAUUCUCCAGACUUGCAGGCAAUGCCAAAUGGAAGGAAACGUCCAAUUGAGGUCGAUGACGUCUUGCCCACAAGAGGAACCGACAUGGUUGCCAAUUAUAUGACGACAUCGAACGAGUGGAAGAAGACUAAGAGAAACAAGGCCACAACCUCUGAACAACAAUGGCAACAUGAUCAAGUCAUAGGAACAUCCACGCAUAUCGAAGAGCACACGGUGCAUGUGCCUGCGAGGAGGAGCCAAAAGCUUAGUGACAAGAUCACUGCUCUUCAAAAGCUGGUCUCCCCAUACGGCAAGACCGACACUUCAUCAGUUCUUCAAGAGGCAUCGCUUUCUAUCAAGCUACUCCACACGCAAAUUCAGAAUUUGUUCAAGAUGCUGAGUAGCUCAUACAAAUGUGUUAGAGCUAAUCAACGGCAGUUCCAACAGGAAAUUGGAGAAGAACAGGUGGACCUAAGGAGCAACGGGCUUUGCUUGGUUCCUGUGUCAUUUACUCAGAAAGUCAAAAUAGAAAGCCCCGUUGAUCAUCAUGCUUAGUGGUGGAAACCCAUCAUAAUUAAAUAGAUAGAAAAUGUCUAGUUGUCUACUUCUACCCCACUAUUUAAUUAGCUUAACCCUACCCCAUAUCUUUCUUUACUCUAAAGUACUCAACUUUAAUUCAUAAAUAGAGUGGAUUUUGAGAGAAUCCCCUACAUCAAGCGGAGGUGUUUUUAUUUGCUUGAUUAAAGCUUUAGAACAAUUAAGGUGUGUAAUCUGGUUUCUUUUAUUUUCCCCCAAUAAAAAUAGUAGCUACCUA